UUCUAGAUGGAAAAACUGGGCUGUAGCCUGGGAGAAGCCAGACAGGGACAAAGCCAAAGUUAAUACAGAGGAUGGAGCUUCUAGGGUAUAGGGGAUGGGUCUGGGCUAGGGAGCUGGGAACCUAGGUUCUAUGCUUGUCCCAGUUUUGAUGUUGGCCCUGACAGUGCUGUUUCUCAUCAAGCUCUGCCAGCUUAAGGGGUCACAGGGCCAUGCCAGAUAGAGGGCUGCCAGCGUCACUGGGCACAAGACUGCUUCCCACAGCUCUCCUUCCUCCAGCCCCUCUGCUCCACAUUCUGGAAACCUGGGUACCCUUCACCCACCUAGCUCUGUCCCACAGUGAGAUUUAUUGCUGGCUGCCCUGCCAUCUGCCCCGGGGUAAUAAAUCAGGAUAGAGCAGAAUUGCAAUCACCCCAUGCAUGGUGUGUAUAAAAGGAGAAGGGCUAAGGGAAACACAGAACCUCCGCGGAUCUUAGAGAAAGCCCCAGACUGAGGGAAGCAUGGACGCAUGGAGAGGAAUGCCUCGCUGGGGACUGCUGCUGCUGCUCUGGGGCUCCUGCACCUUCGGUCUCCCGACAGAAACCACCACCUUUAAACGGAUCUCCCUCAAGAGAAUGCCCUCAAUCCGAGAAAGCCUGAAGGAACGAGGUGUGGACAUGGCCAGGCUUGGACCUGAGAGGAUGGCCCUUGUCAACAUCACCUCCUCUGUGAUCCUCACCAACUACAUGGACACCCAGUACUAUGGUGAGAUUGGCAUCGGCACCCCACCCCAGACCUUCAAAGUUGUCUUUGACACUGGUUCGUCCAACGUUUGGGUGCCCUCCUCCAAGUGCAGCCGUCUCUACACUGCCUGUGUGUAUCACAAGCUCUUCGAUGCUUCGGAUUCCUCCAGCUAUAAGCACAAUGGGACGGAACUUACCCUCCGCUAUUCAACAGGAACAGUCAGUGGCUUUCUGAGCCAGGACGUCAUCACUGUGGGUGGAAUCACGGUGACGCAGACGUUUGGAGAGGUCACGGAGAUGCCCGCCUUACCCUUCAUGCUGGCCGAGUUCGAUGGGGUUGUGGGCAUGGGCUUCAGUGAACAGGCCAUUGGCAAGGUUACUCCUCUCUUCGACAACAUCAUCUCCCAAGGGCUGCUAAAAGAGGACGUCUUCUCUUUCUACUACAACAGAGAUUCCGAGAAUUCCCAGUCGCUGGGAGGACAGAUUGUGCUGGGAGGCAGUGACCCACAGCAUUAUGAAGGGAAUUUCCACUAUAUCAACCUCAUCAGGACUGGCCUCUGGCAGAUUCCAAUGAAGGGGGUGUCUGUGGGGUCAUCCACCUUGCUCUGUGAAGACGGCUGCCUGGCAUUGGUGGACACCGGUGCAUCCUACAUCUCAGGUUCUACCAGCUCCAUAGAGAAGCUCAUGGAGGCCUUGGGGGCCAAGAAGAGGCUGUUUGAUUAUGUCGUGAAGUGUAACGAGGGCCCUACGCUCCCCGACAUCUCUUUCCACCUGGGAGGCAAAGAAUACACGCUCACCAGCGCGGACUAUGUAUUUCAGGAAUCCUACAGUAGUAAAAAGCUGUGCACACUGGCCAUCCAUGCCAUGGAUAUCCCACCACCCACUGGACCCACCUGGGCCCUGGGCGCCACCUUUAUCCGAAAGUUCUACACAGAGUUUGAUCGUGGUAACAACCGCAUUGGCUUCGCCUUGGCCCGCUGAGGCCCUCUGUUGCCCAGGCGGCCCUACCUUCAGCCCUGGCCCAGAGCUGGAACACUCUCUGGGAUGCCCCUCUGCCUGGGCUUAUGCCGUCACAUGGAAGCACCGGGUAUGGAGCUCCUGCUGGAGGCGUGCCCUGACCCCUGCACCAGCCCUUCCCUGCUUUGAAGACAAAUAGAAUAAAGACUUCAUGUUCACA